AUGGGAAAAAAGUUUCUUAAUCGUUUAACACUGCGUGCUAACAGCGACUUUAUGGCUCUGGACGCGUGGCUGUCUAUUUUACGUGAUUUUCGUCAAGAUCUGAUUUAUCAUAGUUGUAGCAACAGUGUGGGCCGAAAUAAUCAAAUGAUAAAACCAACUGUUAACAUUAUUCGAAAUAUAAACAUAAUGAUGCAACUAAUACGAUUUGUAUAUUCAGUUGGCAAAUGUUGGUUUUCGAGAUUUCGGUCCGGUGAUUUCAGUCUUUCAGACGUCCCUGCUUCUGGGAGGCCAACAGAGGUCGUUGACAACGACGAGCACGGUUCUCUAAUUGAGUCGAAUCCUCGUCAGACCGUUCAGGAUUUAGCGAACAGGCUUGGGGCUUCCUUGUCCACCAUACAGGAACAUCUCCACAACAAGCAAGAAAAUUGUACAGGCAGGAACUGUUAA